UUUAUUGUCAAAGUUCAACAAAUAUAUAAACACAUAUGUACAUGUGAGUAUAUUUGAAAACAUAUGAAAACAAUUUACUUAGAAGGGAGACAUGUGGUACACACACACUGGCAAAAAUCUAAACGUGAGAAUCCAGUUUAGUACACUAGUCCAAUGUGUUUUCGAAAACUACAUAAGAAAGUUAGAAAAUAUGUGCAUGUAUAUACAGUAAGUCUAUGCAGCAAAGGCUCUCCAUAAAACCCUGGAUAAAUUUAGCUCCAACCAGACAUUUCUCACUUGAGAUGUAUCAUUUCAAAAAUACUUUCACGACACCAACUCCUAUUUAUGCAGGGGCACAUUUAUAACCCUUGAAAAAUGAGCACAAUGGGCUAAAGACAGACAACUUGGCAAAUGUGCAGAUUACUGUGUUGGCAGUCGUACGACAUGUUUUUGUUACAUUUGGACUCUUUGUUCUACUGAAUACAAACAAUUAUCAGAAUUCGUUUAAAAUACUGUUAAUGCCAUUUCGUUAAAACAGUGGGCAAAAAAACAAUAUCUGAAUAUACCGAUCAUAUCUUAAUACUUUGUUAUACAGACUUAAAUGAGAACUUUUAUGUAUUGUCUCUUUACCUUAAUGAUCCCAACAAAUAAACAGAUUUGAAAAAUGUGCUUUUGGUUCGAGGUGGCGGCAUGGCCCGACUUCCGCUUCUCCCCCCGCCCCCUUCAGUUGUUGUGGCGCAUGGGAGGUGGGGUGAAGUGACGUCAUAUCACACGCCGGCUUCUGAUUGGCUGUCGAGUCUCACCCGACACAGCUGUCUGUGAUUGUGUUGUCUGAUCGAGAAGAAGCUGUUUUUACUUAGCACGACGACGUGUUUUUAGCUCAUUCCUCUCUUCUUACUAGCGUGCAGACAAUAAUGUGAAGAAACUACUCCGCAGUGGGGUGCAAAUAGAAGCCCGGGGAGAGGGUUCAUCGACUGCAGAGAGGAGUUAAGAGAUCAAGUGCCAAAUGUCUAGCCUAGAGGAGCAAUAUUGGAGUUGCUCUCGUGCACCUCAGUUGGAACGCGAACAGUCGUCGUCACCAUCUUCUACGACCAACUGGUGGGCGUCCAAAGGCGAGGAAAUGAUGUCCAUCAUCACAUCGGUUCUGAGCAGCGCUUAUGCCUCGCUGCACCGCCACCGGACAUUCAACUUGAUCCGCCGCGGUCUGGUGCUUUUCGCCGUCGGUGUGAUCCUUGCCCUGGUGCUCAAUUUAUUGCAAAUCCAACGGAACGUCACGCUCUUCCCCGAGGAGGUGAUGACCACCUUGUUCUCGUCAGCCUGGUGGAUCCCGCCGUGCUGCGGUACAGGGGCAGCUGUAGUGGGCCUGCUGUACCCGUGUCUCGAUAGCCAUCUUGGUGAGCCGCACAAGUUCAAGCGGGAAUGGGCGAGCGUCAUGAGGUGCAUCGCAGUCUUCGUGGGCAUCAACCACGCCAGCGUUAAACUGGACAUUGACAACAGUGUUCAGCUGUCGCUCACCCUAGCCGCCCUGUCACUCGGCCUGUGGUGGACCUUCGACCGCUCGCGUAGCGGGUUCGGCUUGGGCGUCACCACAGCCUUCCUUGCCACAGUCUUUACUCAGCUUCUGGUCUACAACGGCGUCUAUCAGUACACGUCUCCAGACUUCUUGUACGUACGCUCCUGGCUGCCUUGUAUUUUCUUCUCCGGCGGCGUCACCGUAGGAAACAUCGGACGCCAACUGGCCAUGGGUGGUGUCGAGAAGCCGCACAGCGACUGAGGGAAACGUCGCAAAACUGGGGGGGGGGGACCCGUGCGGUUUGACGUGCCAUGAGACUUCGAAGGCCACGCCCACCAUGGCUUCAAAAAACGACAGGACAGUGUUUUCCUCUUUUUGUCUUUUUUAUUUGAUAAGCUGAAGUUGACUUUGACAAGUUUUUAAAAGGGAAACUUUCUGGAUUUUUCUGGCAUGCAAGGAUUUUUUUCUUUUUAAGUUUCUCAAACUUUUUUUAAAGUGACUGUACCACACGUUGCGGACGAAGGAAGAACAGCAGGAAAUAUACGCAGCAGUGCCAAUUGGGUUGCAAAAUAUCCUUUGAUUAACUUGUAUUUGUCAUGAAGGGACAUCAAUGCUGUUUAGACCGUACCGCGAGUAUUGCUUCAAGAUUAAAGGGGUCCGUGAUUUUUAAAAAAUGACCCACAAAUUUUCUGUUUUAGUUUCCAGAUAAGAGUAAAGACACUAGUAAGUAGCUGUGCUGUUCUCAGGUGUCAGUAACUAGCAAGUAUUAGACUAAUUGAGUAGCAAUAAGAUUAGCUAAAGUGGAGAAAAUGAAAUUCAGAAUUUAGUCUGUUUUCAUUGAUAUUAGUUGAUGUAGGCAUAUCAAAAUCCAGAUGUUUAGCCAUUGGUCCUAGCUACAGAAGUUGUCGCAACACUUGAUGGGGCUGCAAAACAAAAGACAAAAACAAUUUGGUUAGGUAUUGGCAUCAGCAGAUGAAACAGAACCCAGGUUUCACCAGUAUUUUAAGACCAAAAGAAAUGUUGGCAUAGGUAAAUAGAACCAGGAAUUAGACCGGAUCGUUGAAAAAAAAAUCAACAAAUGAUUUAGCUAGUGUCUGGUUGGAAUGGAAGCUGGAUUUUGGCUGACACGGAAAUUAAAAAUCACAGAAACGGAAAUCAAAAAGUCGUGUGACGGAAUCUCAAUAGUUGCAGAGACCAAUGUUUAGCCUGGCUAGGAUAUGACGACCUCAGAAAUUAGCGUCAAAAGGACAAGUGUCUGCAACUAGCUAGUGUCACAGUAAUUAAUGCCUGACAUUAACUGGUAUUUUGAGUUCUUAAGGCCCAAGAGAUGAACUAGUAUUGAGGUAGAUGCAAGUCGCUAAUUGGCUAGUCCAAAAUAGUGUAUUAUAGUCCAUAAUAUCGUAUUGGGAGGUCAAGACUCCAGGAACUAGCCAGUAUCCAAAGAAUCUAUUCUCUUUGACAGACAAUCUGUCAAGUGUGUUUCUGGAAAGGGGCCGAAGAUUAGCUUUGCAAUCUGUGAUUGCCUGUGUAUUGAAAUAUUGUAUUACAGCUAGACGAUGGUGAUCUUUGUCACUAUUGUGUAAAAGAAAAAAUGUACAUAACAAAAAACAAAAUGGCUUGUAAACUCACACACAUUCCGGUGUUAUUACUGUCCGUAUGUGAGCUUGAUAAGAGCAAUCAGAGGACACACAUGCCAAUUAUUAUUUAUUAUGAUUUCUGACAAGUCAGGAUUCUCAGUCGAUCUGGCGUCAUUACACAUUCAGCUGCAAUACAGGAAGGAGAAUUUAUUUUUCUAUUAAAUGAAACUCGUGCGGUGGAGGAGGAAGCUUUACUUUGGUUUGGAGGUGAUGAAGCGCCUCGUUUGUGCUUUCAUGUGUAUUAGCCUUUUUUUAUGCUAUCUAAAAUAAAAUACAUGUGGAAAUGA